UUCUCAAUUUGGACAGACCACCAUGCACAGGUUGCCGUGCCUUGCCUCCGAGCCAAAAGGAGAAAUUCCACUGUGCUACUGACAGGAAUUUUACGCGCAGCUGAACAAGGAUGCCAGAGGAGCUUGCAAACUGCAGUGUGUGUUGCUGUACCACGACCAAUAAGAUACUCAUGGUGGUCUUCAUGAUAUCACUGAUACUUGCUAUACUCUUCGGAAACCUCCUGACGUUAGCAGUGGUCGUUGGAACUAAACAUUUCCACACUCCACAGGGUUAUUUAAAAGCCUCACUGGCCGUGGCAGACCUGGCUGUGGGAAUUUUUGUGGUGCCCGUCUCCGUUUACGCAGAAGUAUCUCUCAUAAUCUACAAUUCAAUGCCAGAGUGGACAGCGCGCAAUUCCCAAACCACACCUCUCCACCCGUGCAAUUUUAUCGGACCUGUGUUUGCGGGAUGCACUUUAGUUUCCAUUACAACAAUUUUCCUUCUGACCAUUGAAAGGAGCAUUGCCGUUUUGAGGCCACUGCACAAGGAAUCAGUCAUAACUAAAAAAAGAACAAGCAUACUAAUAGUCUUUUCCUGGAUGGGCAGUUUUUUCCUGGCAGUAUCUCCAUUGGUUUUCAGCGAUGAAAUCGCGCUGGAGUACAAUCCUUGCAGCCGCAUGUGCAAUUACGCGUUUGGAAGCGCAGACUUCCCUUCCCAAGCUUGGAACAUUCUCUUACUCUUCCCUGCCUUUGACUUUACGCUGCUCGUAGGUACUAUUGUCAUCAAUGUCAUAUCCCUCACCACGAUCCGCCAGCAUUCAAAAAGAAGAAAACAUCUCGCAGAGACCGAGAGUCAAAGCUCAACGAAACCAACCUUCUCCGACAUCAAGGCUGCCAAGACAAUAGGCACUCUGACGUUGGCUUUCACCGCUUCUUUCACUCCCAUCGCCGUGUUUGUAGUUGGAAAUGUGCUGGGAAACGAAUGGUGCAAUUUUGCGUUUUUUGCCUUUUGGAUUUUGACCUCAAACAGCUGCUGUAAUGUUAUUAUAUAUGGCGUGAGAGACCAGAAGUUUAGAAGUCGCGCGUAUCAGCUGCUCAUAUCCGCUCAAUUGAACACUGCGCCUAAAAAGACUGAGUAUGAAAACACUGUAAAUGGAGGGAAAGACAAUGAGGAAAUAGUCAAGCAAACCUAAUUAAUGAUAUUACUGAGCAGUAGCGCGAUUCAGGUGGUGCUUACUAUAUUUAUUACAGACCCCUUAAGCUAGUAUCUGGUUUCUAGCUGGGCAUUAGAUGGAUCAAGCUGGUUAAAAUGGCUUAUAG